GAUAUCGAUACAGAUUUUUAAGUAGAGAUUCAUUGUGUGCCUGUCAGCACUGUGCUGGGUAGAAAGACUAGACACCUGUUGACUUCGAUAGGUUUUGGGUCGGGCCUCAAAUGGAAACAAGACCCAUCUAUGCUUGCCAGGUGAAAUUGGAUGACCUGAAAAUGGAUCCAUCUUCUGUGUUACCAGCAACCAUUUUAGAACAAACUGCCUCGCGGCUAGGAUGCAGUCCCACAGAUAAGAAGCUUGCUCUUCACUUAGAUGAAGAAGAUGAGCUAAAGCAUCUUCGCGAAUGUUUCUGUAUCCCAAAAGUCAAGGAUCUGCCUCCAACUGAUCUGAGCCUGGUGAAUGGAGAGGAGAGCUGUGUGUACUUUGCCGGGAAUUCUCUUGGUCUCCAGCCAAGAAAAGUUAAAACUUACUUGGAAGAAGAAUUAGACAAGUGGGCUCAAACAGGUGUUCAUGGUCAUUUCAAUGGUCAGCGCCCAUGGGCUUUGGCAGAUGAGUGCAUCGUGGACCUGAUGGCUAAGCUGGUUGGGGCCCAAAAACAUGAAGUAGCCUUAAUGAAUGGGCUGACUGUUAACUUGCACCUCCAGAUGCUAUCUUUCUUUAAGCCAACUCCAAGACGCUAUAAAAUUCUUCUAGAAGCCAGAGCCUUUCCCUCUGACCAUUACGCUGUUGAAUCCCAGCUUCGACUUCACGGGCUCGAUGUGGAGAAAUGCAUGCUCAUGAUGCAGCCACGGCAGGGGGAAGAGACCUUGAGGAUUGAAGACAUCCUUGCUGUAAUUGAGAAGGAAGGGGACUCUAUUGCUGUCAUUCUGUUCGGUGGGGUGCAGUACUACACGGGACAGUUGUUUGACAUCCCUAGAAUAACAAAAGCUGGCCAAGAAAAGGGUUGCUUUGUUGGAUUUGACCUAGCUCAUGCUGUUGGGAAUGUAGAGCUUCACUUGCAUGACUGGGGAGUAGAUUUUGCCUGCUGGUGCUCCUACAAGUAUUUAAAUUCUGGAGCGGGAGGCCUCGCUGCUGCCUAUAUUCAUGAGAAGCACUCCCAGAGUAUUAAACCAGCGCUAAUCGGCUGGUGGGGUCAUGAAUUCAAAACACGAUUCCUUAUGGAAAACAAAUUACAACUAAGUGAAGGAAUUAAUGGAUUUCGGUUAUCGAAUCCUCCAAUUUUGCUGGUCUGUGCUCUGCAAGCUAGUUUAGAGGUUUUUGGUCAAACUACAAUGAAAGCAUUGAGAAGGAAGUCUGUUUUACUCACCGGUUACUUGGAAUACCUGAUAAAGUACUACUACAAGGAGGAUAAAACAAAUCCAGAGAAGCCCUUUGUGAAAAUAAUCACGCCAUCUCGGAUUGAGGAAAGAGGAUGCCAACUUACACUAUCUUUUUCCCUUCCAAUCAAGUCUGUGUUUAAAGAGCUGGAGAAGAGAGGAGUAGCUUGUGACAUGCGAGAACCAAAUGCUCUUCGCGUUGCCCCAGUUCCUCUCUACAAUUCUUUCCAUGAUGUGCACAGAUUUAUUGAAAUCCUGAGAUCUGCAAUUACAUCUUCGAAAUAAACAGCAAACAAUACUGCGCUAUCUGGUUCUUAUUGAUGGCUCAGCUGUAUCUUUUAAUCUAUUUUUGACUAAGAUGCAUUUAUCCUGCUGAGCGACUCUUUGCUUCGAGUAGACUGUGCUAUAUCCUAUGCAAUUUGCAAAAAAAUGACUGUGCUUGAAUAGUUAUUUAUAACAGACAUAGUUUUAUUAAAGCUCAUAUUUCCACUCUGCUUUGACUUUGACUUCAUGAAUUAGUAUGCUUUAUAUAUUUUAAUGGGGCUUUUCUUAAACAUUUUAUUACAUUAGCUUUGAGAAGCAUGGAAGAUUUGCUAUCAACUAGAACAGGAAUGAAAAAAAAAAUCCCUUCUUUAUUAUAAAAAUGAUGCAUAAUAAAAAGUAGAAUACAGACAAAUCACCAACAGCUAAAAGAUACCGUCCAAUUUACAUUUUUAAUUUAUCAAUUCUAUUUAAAGUACAUGGUAUACUGUAAAAGUUAAAGUUGAACAAUUUGUUGUUUAAAACUGUUCACUGCUGCAUACUAAAUAUUUCAAAGGGCUCAACAUUUUAGAAUUCUAUUAAUCAUUAAUUAAUGAUUUAAUUGAAGAAUGAACUUGCAUUGCAGAUAUCGUCUUUAGUGUGAUAUAGUUGGCUAAAACAAAACAUCUACUGUUUAUCUUUCUAGGUAGUCAUCUUGGAGCUCAAAUACUUGAGAAAGCUGAGAACAAUUUUAAAUUCAUGUGACUGAGUGUUGAGGGCUGUAUGAGCAUUUACUGUAAUUUUAACAAGGCUUAUUUCAGAUUAGGUAAAAUGAACUCUGAACUGUUUAAGCCGCUGCAAAAUAUCUCAUUGUUAACUUACAGUGUGGCCCAAAUUUUACAGAGAUUUGCACAAGACAGCUAAAAACAAUGAAGAAAAACUGCUUACGCUUAACCACCACUUUACCUGGAGUUCUCUUGAGACGUAAAUAACACCUUAAUAUAAAUGGCAACUAACAUCUUGUCUGUAGCUCUUCAGCUCUAACCCUUCAUCUAGAAUAAACUAAAAAUUUCUCCCUGAUGGUAUAAAAUGUGUCUAAUGUUUGGUAUGACCCACUUUGAAACUUACUUCUCAUAGUAUUUUUUUAUUCUACCUCAAGGGUAAGAAAGGACUUCAGGGAAGAAGUGAGUAUUUGACUCAAAGGCAUUUUUACUGGUUGAAGUUUUCUCACACUUUGAGCAUCUCCUGCUGCACAGGGAAACCUGUGUAUACCUCUGCUCUAAAAUUCCCCAAAGAUAAGUAGUUUUAACAUCUUGCUGCAGUAACACCUAUUUCAUUGGCUGCAAUGUGUAGGGGGAAAGAUGAAAGAACUGCAAAUAAAGCAUUUGUUGGCAUUUUUAGCAAAUAUGAAGAGUUCAGAACAGCUUCUAGAACUGGAAUAUUGUUUCAAAAAAUAGCACUGGAGUUUAUUCAGUUGGAAAGCUCUGGCUUACUCAAGAAGCUUUGGUUACAUUGAUGUUAUGGCUUUUAAUUCAGCUGAGACUCUAUCAUUGUAUUGCAGAUCAGGUAUCUGUAUUCUGUGGCUGUCGUUCCGUUUUUGCACUCGCCGCUGCAGCACAGCUACUUUCGUCUGUCAAGUGACAUGAUCUUAGAAAAAGGACCAUUUUCCGUAAAGUGACUGUUGAUGAAGGGAGUACUGAAUGUUAAACUCUGGCAGACUGCAGCGUUGAAAAGGGUUUUAGUUCACUGCCAGUACCUUUAAAUCACUUGUGCUGCUGUACAGCUCUGGUUGAUGGUCACUUAUGUCUUCACUGUAAAGUUAGGCAAGCUUAAUAAAGAUUCAGAUCUGACACCAG